AUGAUUGCAGUUAAGUAUGAGGCCAAGUUUACCGAACUGGCUAGAUUUGCACCGCAUAUGGUUGACACCGACUAUAAAAAUGUGAGAAAAUUUGAGGGCAGUCUUCGUAACGAUAUCCUGGAAAGGGUGAAUGUACUGAAAUUUCCUACUUAUGUUGAUGUGCUAGACUGGGCUUUAAUGUCAAAAACUAAUAUGGCCAAUCAAAAUAAACCGUUUGAACGGAAAGGCAAGAGGCAAGGCUUCUUUUUGAAGAAGAAGAUGUUUAAGAAGCAAAUACGGGUUCAUCGAGUUCUAGCCCUUCAAGGGACUCUGCAUCAACAUGUAACAUCUGUGGUAGAAAACACCAGGGAGUUUGUUACCACACAUCUAGGGUGUGUUUUCGAUGUGGCAAAACUGGGCAUUUGGUUAGGUGGAAGACCAUCCGUUAGCUCAACUGGAUCUAUCCAUGAACCAAGGAACACCGUGAGACCUAACGCUACCAAAGACACAUUGAGGCAAGAAAGAGUCUUUGUACUCGUCCCAGGUGACCUACAGAAUACUAAAGCUGUUGUCUCAAGUACUAUCUCUAUACGUAAUCAAGAUGCCUUUGUGUUAAUGGAUUUAAGAUCCACACAUUCCUUUGUGUCUACUACAUUUGCAUUUAGAUUAAAUAGACCCUUAGAAUCAUUGCCAUACCUGUUGUAUGUAUCUGCUCCAUCUGGAGAGUCUCUGUUAUGUACAUUUGUGUACCGUGUUUGUGAUAUGCAUAUUGGCAAUGUUACCUUAUGUAUAGAUUUGUUACCUUUGGAUAUUAGACACUUUGAUGUAAUUAUGGAAAUGGACUGGUUGUCUAAGUACUAUGCUACUAUUGACUGUGUAACAAAAUGGAUUAUGUUUAGAUCACCAGGACAUGAUGAAUUUGAAUUUGUUGCUAUGAAUGUUGAAAUGGAUAGUAUUCCUAUUUUUAGAGAAUUUCUAGAUUUAUUUCCUGAUGAACUGCUAGGAGAAUUGGUUGGUAGAGAAAUUGAGUUUACUAUCGAUAUUGCGCUACGCACCCAGCCCAUCCCCAAAACUCCUUACAGAAUGUCAACUGUUGCAAUGAAAGAAUUGAAAGAAUAG